UGCAACAUGAAUGUGCAAGGGAUCACCAUAAUAGACAUGUAAAUGCCAAAUGGAUUGCAAAGACUUAUUUGGAGCAAUUUAGGGCUGAUCCAUCGUGGAAAAUACCUGGGAUAGUCCAAGCAGUGAAGACCAAUCAACAAGUGGAUAUAAGUAGAUUGAAGGCAUAUAGAGCAAAAAGCAAAGCAUUGAGUCUUAUAGAUGGGGAUGAGGAGGCAUAAAUAAUGAGGCUCUAUGAUUAUAGAUUGGAGCUUAUGAGGACACAUCCUGGUUCAACCAUCAUGUUCAAAUGUGAUCAACGUAUUUUUCAAGCCAUGUAUGUAUGUCUAUCCCCAUUGAGGGAGGGUUUUUUGGCAGGGUGUAUACAGGUGAUCUCGAUUGAUGGCUGCUUCCUCAAAGGCUUAUAUGGGGGGCUGUUAUUAUCAGCAGUUGGGAUAGAUGUAAAUGAUUGCAUCUAUCCUGUUGCUUGGGCCACUGUUAGCAAGGAAAAUAAGGCAAAUUGGAAGUGGUUUCUUCAACUUUUGGCAGAAGAUUUAAGGAUCACGAACAGUUUUCAUUGGGCUUUCAUCAGUGAUAGACAGAAGACUAACUUGGAGAGAACAGAUACAAGGCAAGAUGGCCAGCCAACUGAAGAUAUUAAUCCAAUGGAUGCCAUAGAUCCUCAAGUGUUGGAGGAACAUUUUGUCAUGGCUGAUGACUUAGCCUUAGCUGGGGACAACCAGGGUGGGGCAGAGACAGUGGCUGUAGAGCAAAGGCUAACCCUUGAAGCACCACAAUCACAGGUGAUUGAUAUUCUUGUCCAAAGCAUCAACAUUUCUAGUACUGCAAUCAAUUUUGGGAUCAGAAAGAACAAACUUAAAGUAAAAAGGGGAGGUAAUGCCAACAGUCAACCUGUUAUAAACAUGAACCAACUACCGAAAGAGAUAUCAGGCCAAAAUCCAUCUAUAAAUGUUGCAAGGCAUCCUAGCCUAAAGGCUCAGAGAAAAGAAAAAGAGCUUGACAAGGGUUAGAGCCAGAAAGUUGGAGAUGCUGAAAAAAGAAGAAGGAAGGUGUGGGUCCCCCUGGGGCUGGAGGACCUCAAUGAAUACAUAUUUAGAUAAAUGUAAUGGUUUGUUGAUAUCA